ACCAUUGUGCGGMGUUGGGUUUUACAGUGCCGCCUCAGCCUGCUUGCCUCCAGGAAGUGGUCAGUCUUCUAAGUGGAUUUCGGUUUGGACUGUUUUUGUUCCUAAACAAAGUGCGAGUCAUUUCCCGUGGGCUGGUAAGAGUAAUUUAGGUUGAAGCGAUUUAUCGUUUUGUUUCCAUUCACGUACCUAUAUUUGAUUAAAAAUAUUUAGGAAUCWAUAAGAGAUGGGACCUGGAUAACGAGAAUAUUCUAGAAACACCAGAGUACGGGGUUUCGAUUGCGGGAAGGGGUGAGCAGAGGCCCGCGGCCGUCAAGGAGCUUAGGGAGGGUUGAAGAAGUACGGACUCGCCGGCCAUUGUGCACAAAGACGGGGAGACGACACUCCAAAUUAUACAUGUUUUGACCCCUGAUUCUGUUCCGGGAGAUUUCUGACCUGUAUCAUCGCCAAGAUAGCUGGACCGGGUAGAAAGCGGCACACCUCAGAACCAGACCCCAGCGGCAGCAGUGACGCCGGCGACGGGCGGCCCGUGAGCGCCAAGCGCCUGAAGAUGGCCAGCAGCAGUGAGUCAGGCCGGCGGAAUGGGGGUCAGCGCGGCGCAGAUGACAGCACCAGCAAGAAGAAGCAGAAGGACAGGGCCAACCAGGAGAGCAGGGAGGCCAAGCGAGCAGCAGCAGGGGCCAACGCAGAGCACAAGAAAGAUGUGUUUGUGGACUGGAAGCAGAAUGCUAAUGAGGUGAUCGCGAGGCUGCGCUGUGGAGACGGGGUGCAGAGGGUGGAGGACGUCGCCACUACCUUCACCGACACAGACUGUCAGGCCCGCUUCCCAGAUGGGCGCCAGUGGGACUGUCAUCUGCACGAGGAGAUUGAGGGCUCCUGCAGCAAAGUGCAGUACAAAGAGAAGAGUGGCUUCCUCCUGCUGGUCAUGCACAAGAAGAUCCCCUUCCACUCCUGGCCUUCCCUUAUGCAAAAUAAAAAGGAGAAGCAGCCUAUGAAAGUGGAGGUCAAGAACGGUAAAGACCAGAAACAGACGCCGCUGGUAAAGCCUGUGGUAAAGCCAGAGAAGUCUGUCCCGGAGACGGCCGACAUGGCCGAACUGUCCACCCAGACGUCUGCUCCUCCGGCACAGUGUGAACAGAGGCGUGGCAAAGCAGAGCGCGGUGUCAAACGCACCGUGAACUACAAACCAGCAGACAGGCCAGAGUCUGGGGUGAAGGCUGGAGGAGAGGGGCAGACCAAGCCGGUCAAUGUCAGUAAAGGGGACCUGCCUCAGGAGCCCAGUGCCAAGCGCACCGUCCAUCCCCCCAAGGUCUCCAAGGACCCCACCUCAGAGAUGCCCAGGGAUACACACUCCAAGUCCACAGCCAAUGGGAAACCACACAGCCCCACUGGCCGGGACCUCCAGGCAUCUACUGCUGGUGACAAUCGAGCUGAGCUGCUAGGCAACGGCCAUGAGGGUACAGCACCUGAGGUAGCCGUCAGCCACACGCAGCAGCAGUUGAAAGUUCAGAUGGAGGACAAGAAUGCCCCAGAGUCUGAUUUCAAGGCUGGUGCAGAAGAGGUAAUCAUACCGGCAGCCACUGUGUCCAGUGCUGAGAUCAGCCCCAAGGCUGGAGCCUCCACCAACAGAACAGAGAGGCCAGGGGAGGCUGAGAGGACUGACUCUGAGACGCUAGUGAGACAGCCUCCAAAGGAGGCUGACCAGGCCACUGAGACUCUAACACCAACCAUACAGUCAGGAUCAGGGAAGCCUGUGACUGCAACAGACACCAAGCAGGCUGAGUCCCCCAAUAGCAGCAGCAGCACACAGGAGGAGAAGAGGGACAGGUCUAAGGAGGAACCUCUGGAGAUGAAGCAGGAGGAAGCAGUUCCAGAGCCAAUGGUGAACCUGAAGUUGUUGAAGAACGACUCGUACGAGAAAGGGACAGACCUGAUGGUGGUCAACGUGUACAUGAAGGGUAUCUUCAGAGAGACAGCCAGGGUGAUCUUCAGGGAACAGGACUUCACACUCAUCUUCCAGACCAGCGAUGCAAAUUUCUUGCGUCUUCAUGCGGACUGCGGAGCGAAUACUGUCUUUAAGUGGCAAGUCAAACUCCGGAACCUCAUCCAGCCUGAGCAGUCCACGUAUGCCUUCACCCCGUCCCGUUUAGACAUCACCCUGAAGAAGAGGCACAGCCAGCGCUGGGGGGGCCUGGAGGCCCCUGCUACACAAGUGGGUGGCGCCAAGGUUGCUGUGCCCUCCGGGCCGUCAUCUCAGACUAGUCAGCCGGGCAGCAGCCAGCACAGCCUCCCUGCCAAGGAGGAGCCACCCCGGGCAGAAGACGGAGGCCUGGACAAUGUGUCCGCCCGCACCGUCUCAGACCAUGUUUCUGUCUCUGCCCCUCAGCCCAAGCCCACCUGUAUGGUCCAGCCCAUGGCCCACGCACCUCCUGCCGGCAGCCAGCGCAGCGUUGAGGAGGAAGAGGAGGAGGAGGAGGAGGUGUGUCUGCCAGGCUUCACAGGCCUGGUCAACCUGGGCAACACAUGCUUUAUGAACAGUGUCAUCCAGUCUCUUUCCAACACCCGGGAACUCAGGGACUACUUUCAUGACCGGGCGUUUGAGAAUGAGAUCAACUGUAAUAACCCGUUGGGGACGGGUGGUCGGCUGGCCAUCGGGUUUGCUGUGCUUCUCCGGGCUUUGUGGAAGGGUACCCACCAUGCUUUUCAGCCCUCUAAGUUAAAGGCGAUCGUGGCCAGUAAGGCCAGUCAGUUUACAGGCUAUGCCCAGCACGAUGCCCAGGAGUUCAUGGCCUUCCUCCUGGAUGGGCUCCAUGAGGACCUGAACCGCAUCCAGAACAAGCCCUARACAGAGACRGUGGACUCAGACGGACGGCAGGACGAGGUGGUGGCAGAUGAGGCGUGGCAGAGGCACAAGAUGAGAAACGACUCGUUCAUCGUAGACCUCUUCCAGGGCCAGUACAAAUCCAAGCUCGUCUGCCCAGUGUGCUCCAAGGUUUCCAUAACCUUUGACCCCUUCCUCUACCUUCCCGUGCCCCUGCCCCAGAAGCAGAAGGUCCUCACAGUGUUCUACUUUGCUAAAGAGCCUCACAAGAAACCCAUGAAGUUCCUGGUGAGUGUGAGUAAAGAGAACUCGAGCACAGCUGAGGUCCUGGAGUCCAUCUCUCGGAGUGUGAGGAUCAAGGCAGAGAACCUGAGGCUGGCUGAGGUAGUGAAGAGUCGCUUCCAUCGGAUGUUUCUCCCAUCCAACUCCCUGGACACGGUCUCCUCCUCAGACAUGCUCUUCUGCUUCGAAGUGCUGUCUAAAGAGCUGGCCAAGGAGAGGGUGGUGGUGCUCCGAGUCCAGCAGAGGCCUCAGGUCCCCAGUAUUCCCAUCUCGAAGUGUGCUGCCUGCCUGAAGCCUCCUCUCUCGGAUGAAGAGAAACUGAAGCGCUGCACCCGCUGCUACCGCGUGGGUUACUGCAACCAGGUUUGCCAGYAAAAACAUUGGUCCAACCACAAGGUUCUGUGUGGGCCCAACAUAGAGAACGUGGGGCUUCCCUUCCUGGUCAGCGUCCCUGAGUCCAGACUCACCUACGCCCGGCUGUCCCAGCUGCUGGAAGGAUACUCAAGAUAUUCAGUGAARGUGUUCCAGCCUCCCUUCCAGUCUGGCAGGACGUCUCCAGAGGUCACCCAGUGCCUGGCUGACCUUCCCCCUCCAGCAGAGACCCCUGAAGGUGUGGGGGCAGGGGAUAAGGCCAGGGGCGGUGGGGCAGGGGACUCAGAGCAGGAGGUCUCCUCUCUGGUUCCUGAGUCUCCACUAGAGACAGCCCAGGCCUCAGCACAUCCAGCCGGAGACCCAGACGCCCUCUCCACCCACACCACAGACUCAGGUUUCAUUGAGCCCUCCUCUGGCUCSCAGGACUCCCAGGGAGAGAAGGAGACCUCCUGUGAGAAGGCUGUCAGACCAGAAGCUGCUGUGACCGGCUACCAGCAACCAUCAGAGUCUGCAUCCAGCCACACCUCUCAGUUCUACAUCACCAUCCUCCACUCCAACAGCAAGGAGCAGACACUGGAGGAAAAGGAAGAGGCCGUUCUGGACCUCCCUGAGGACUCCAGCCUGGAGCUGGUGUGGAAGAACAACGAGCGUCUCAAGGAGUAUGUCCUGGUUCGGUCCAAGGAGCUGGAAUUUGAAGAGGACCCUGGGUCGGUCAACGAGACGGCCAGGGCUGGACACUUCACCCUGGAGCAGUGCCUAAACCUCUUCACUAGGCCUGAGGUGCUGGCACCGGAGGAGGCAUGGAACCUGGACCUCAGUAAGUUCGUAUUGGUCAGAAGGACGACAUGCAGCAGCAGCCCAUCUAUGACCUCUAUGCAGUCAUCAAUCACUACGGGGGGCAUGAUCGGAGGUCACUACACUGCCUACGCACGCCUGCCCAGCGCCCAGAACAGCCAGCGCAGUGAUGUUGACAGUACGGUGACGAUGGUGGAGGAGAGCCAGGGGUGACACGCUACCGCUUACGUGCUGUUCUACCGCCGCCGCAACUCCCCUGUGGAACGACCACCUCGCUUACUGGGGCCCCUGGGGGCUGAGUCCCCCACCUCUGCAGGAGCCACCGCCAGCCAGGCCUCUGGCCAGGCACUCUUUGGGACUGACCUGGACCCUGAAGGACCCACUCCGCUGACCCCAGAGGUGACCUCUGAGCUGUUUGGACACUCUGGCGAAUGUGCUGCUCUGUCCUACAGUAACAUGGAGGAGGUGGACUAAGGUGUGACUGAGGCUCCACCGAGCUGGCAUAAGGCUCCAGCUGUGGACCGAUGCCAGCAGCAACGUUGAGAAAUACACUCCUCAGUAAACAACACUAAUAAACUGGACGGCUUCAAAGCGUCCCCUCAGUGGUGCAAUGCUAAACAUGUCAGAAGUGGAUUUGAGGGGAAGGAAGGACCAGUACAUGUCACCACAGAUGAGGUGGACAUACCAGCUCAUGCUAUUUAUGUAGUAAUAUUCAUGCAACACAUUUACACACACACACACAAACAGCGCGUUUGCACAUACAACAAACGCCUCCACACACUCCUGUUUCCCCCAGAGCCUCCGGGUUGCAGCCUGUUGUUGGCUGAUGGAAGAGCCCACCUAGACAAUGUUGGUGGCCAUGACUCCUUUUUAUCCCAUGAUAAACGGGUGUCUGGUUCAGAGGUCACAAAGGAUGUGGCAACAUCAAACAAACCCCCCCCAGCCUGUUGGGAUUGAGGGAAAAUUGUGAUGUGAGAGGAUUAGACGUGUGUGUGUGUGUCUGGGUGUGUAAGCAUUUGAGUGUGGUUUUUACCCGCUUCUCAUCAAGGUUUAGUCUGGUCUGUGUUGUGAUUCUGUAAGCUGGGUACCGAUAUAGUGUAAUGGGUGCAGAAAUGGUUUACUUUAUGUUCAUYCAGAGGACAAAAAGUAACUGUCUUUCUGUUUACUAUUUUCAUACCACACCUGGAUUUAGUUUCUUUGCUUUAGAUUUUUAAAUACAUUUUUACUUUGUAAUUUAUCCAAUCCUGUGGAUGUAAUUUUUGAGAAGAAACCAACUUGAUAUACACUGAAAUGUGCAUGUUGAUACACAGUAGCCGUACAAUAGAAUGCUGUUACCACUUCUGCUACAUAUCUUCAUUUCUGUUUGAGUACUCUUGUACACCCCUCCCUUCAUUUUGUGUUAGACUGAAUAUAUAAAGUUGGGGAUUAAUGAGAAUGUGGCUGUGUAUAAGAUAUACAUUGUUAAUAUAAAUUAAACACUUUUUGAGAAGCGCUAACAGGUUAUUUGAAUACACACUGAUUCAGUAGGAACUUGAAUAAAGUUGCCUGCAAACUUUUUUUUUA